AUGGAUACUCACAGCGUCACAUUGAAGUCCAUCGACGGCUGUACAGGCCGCCUCUUCACGGCACCAACCGUCUUCGACGGCAAGCCAGUCGCGCUCGGGCGCAACCACGCCUCCUGGUUCCUCGUCUUCCAGCAUCCUAAUGGGACGAAGUUGACGCGCGCCGUCAUGUGCCUCAACUUCAUCCCUCCCGACGCCCCGCAAAGUGCCUCCAACGACGUCCUCGGUAUCGCCUCCCCGCCGCGACACUUCACCAUCGGAGGCACGCAAGGCCUGGAGGUGUUCAACAUACUCCACAAACUGCGCGACCGCGCAGGGCGGAGGCCGAUCAAGGUCGUCGAAAUGUACGAGGGCGUACGCAAGGACACGAUGAUGCUUCGGGCGGUCGUACAGGUGACCAUACCGGAGGAAGAACUCAUCCGCGUGUGCGCGCGGUGCGGCCGGUGGGAGGCUACGUCCCGCCCGCGCUUCAGACGCUGCGGGAGGUGCAAGAGCAACUACUACUGCUCGGAACAGUGUCAGAAGGAUGAUUGGAAGCCCGGCUACCACAGGGACGAGUGUCCUCUCCUAGGGAAGGGCAAGACAUACGAAGCCGAGCGUCUCCGUAACCUCCACGACAACGGGUGGUGGUUUAACCAUGGCGCUCUCGGCCCUGAGAACCUGACCGGACUCGACGAACGCAAGCGCGCUAUCGACGACCGCGACAAGGAUGCCCUCGUGUUUGGACGCCGCACGCCUCCUCGCGACGUCCCUAUACCUCCGAAGCAGCCGCUACCGGGUUCCCAGGCUACCGCCGACAACGCUGCCGAGGACGCGAGCUCUCAGGGAAAUGCUCCCGGCAGUCCUAGCGAAGGUACCAAUGAGGAUGACGAUUUUCCUCACCCACUGACCGCUGCCGACUUCCCCCCGCUGCCGCCUCUACCCCCCAGCGCCGGGUUCGUGCCGACCGGAGACCCCUUCGUGGACGAGAAACUACUCAAGCGGCAUCUCCAGAACAACCUGACCACCACUGAGAGGCUGGAGCUCAGGCUGCUCUUCGCCCUUCGCGCCGAAGUGUGGCUCACGCGGCGGCAGCUCGCGAGCGACCGGUGGCUGGAGGCGCAUGGAAGAGACUGGGAGGAGGGCGGCGGGGAUGAUUCGGGCGAUGAGAGUGCGGGCAGCAUGCCCUCCAUGCCCAGUGUGUCUGAGUCCGACUCCUCCGAUGACGGCCCCUGGUACAACGAGAGCGAUGAUGAGGAUGAGGCUCCAUCCGACAGUGAGGACGGCGAGGGUGCAGUUUGA